GGGUAAUUGGAUUCAGGGAUGAUUGUGCUGCUGUGGUAGGUUUUACUGGAUGAAGCAGCUUGUUGCGAUAGGUGUUCGUUUCAGCUUCUGUCUGCAGGUGUGACUUAGCGAGAUAAGGAUGGUCUAUCACGUUGAUGAUUUCAUUGUUUGAUUUGGCUGGACUGGGUGGAGAAUGUAGCUGCAUUGUUUGGUACUAGCUUUGUAGUUUCGUUUUGUUGAAGUGGAUUACAUGGCAGUGCAUUGCUACAUUAUUAAGGUGAAGCUGCAGUAGAUAAUAAUUGGAGAAUGUUGGAGGGAAGAGAAUAUGCACAGGGUUUCACAAUGCGUAACUAAUUGGGCCUUGCAACAGCUCCUGUGUUCCUGUUGGGAGAUCUGGUCAGCAGAAUGCAUUGGGAUUACACAGAAAACCUCUGGUAGUGAUUUCAGUUUGCAGUUGUACUUUAACUGCAAGGCUGUCCAUGCUGUAUAAAUAGCUGAGAGUGCUCUGAGAGACCACACUGGCCCCGACGGCGUGAAUGUUUUCUGGAUUCAUACUGUUCUUGCAGCCUCUCCAGUUUUCACAGUGGGUGAGGGAGAAGCUGGCAGGUAGCUGCUGUGUCUUUCUUUACUGACCUCAAAUUUACUAUUAAGCCGUUCCUUAGAGCCUGCGUUUCCUUGUGUUACUGAGCUUUCAGGCAUUUAAACUUACUUUAACAUAUGAGAGCGUAAAUUGAUGCAGGGUUGUCUCUGUUACUGAAAGUGUGGCUGAUCGGUUCUUGGGCCAUGAACUCUUUUGGCCUUAUAGGAAAGAACUGUAGUGCAAGGUGGGGCUAAGCCCUCUAUCUUGAGCAAACUUGUAGUAUGUCUUACUUAGGAAGGUUUGCAAUUGCAUUCCCUUCUCCCUGUGUGUAGCACAAUGAUGUGAAGUAGAAGCUCCCAGAACAGUAGAUAGUGCUUCUUCCGUCUAAAACCUGCCUGGUUUUCCCCUAGAUGUGAUUGCCUGGCUUUACCUGUUGCUUGAUGUUUUUAUUUAUACAUUGUCUGGCUGCGGAGGAGGUUGUAUAUACGAAGCACAGGGGUUUGGCAGAAGUUGCUGGGCACAUAGUGAGGGGAAGGUGAGCCUUUGAAGAGAGAUGGGUGCAGAGAAGGGGAGGUUACGUGUCCAAGCGUUGUGCCAGCUUCUCUAAGCACAGAUGAGCUCAUGGGAAUGCAGCUAGCUCAAAUGUGGGAGUGCUAAAGCAGGUCAGACCUAUUUCCCUUCCGUGUGCAGCACGCAUCUUCAGACUCUUCCAGUCUGGUGGUGGCUUUUUUGGUGCUGAGAAAUCUUGCCAGUCUGAGAUGAGAUUUCCACUUGUCUGUAGUUCAGAGCAAGUUUUGAUUGCUCUGCUUCUGUGGCUGGAUGCAUGGGAGCCAAGCUGUGCAUUCUUGGUGAAACUCUUCCUCUCUUCUUCUUCCAGGUGAUCUUUUUUUGUGAGUUGAGUGGUCCGCAACUCAUGGCCUCCACAAUGAGUACUGCUGUGUCGUGACACCAGGGGUCUUGUGUGCCCUGGAGAUGCGAGACUUCCCCUGGGCAGCAGGAGGCACGCGUCUAGAGAAUGCUGGAGCUGCAGGAGGGAAGCGCCCAGUGCAAAACCAGAGAGGAGCGAAGAGAAAAAAGGCAAGCAGACAGCCAGCAUUGAGAGAAGCGGGUGGCAGAAAGUGCUUCGACGCUGCCUCUGGCAGCACACUCCCCAGAGGAACUUGACGAGAGCCCAUCUGCGUGCGUGUGAGACUGUGAGCUCAGGAUUUCUGUCAAUGCAUUCCAGUAACCCCAAAGUGAGGAACUCCCCGUCAGGCAACACACAGAGUAGCCCCAAAUCAAAGCAGGAGGUGAUGGUCCGCCCCCCUACAGUGAUGUCCCCAUCUGGCAACCCCCAGCUGGAUUCCAAAUUUUCCAACCAGGGCAAACAAGGGGGCUCCACCAGCCAAUCCCAGCCCUCUCCCUGUGACCCCAAAAGUGGAGGUCACCCCCCCAAAGUGCUCCCUGGCCCAGGUGGGAGCAUGGGGCUGAAGAAUGGGGCUGGAAAUGGUGCCAAGGGGAAGGGGAAGAGAGAGAGGAGCAUUUCGGCAGACUCCUUUGAACAGAGGGAAGCUGGGACUCCUAAUGACGACCCUGAAAUCAAAGACUGCAAUUCUGCUGAUCAUGUAAAGUCCCAGGAGUCUCAGCACACACCACACUCCAUGACUCCUUCAAAUGCUUCAGCCCCAAGGUCUUCCACACCUUCCCAUGGCCUGACUGCCACUUUGGAGCCGGCAAGUGGGCAGAAGACUCCAUCCAAAGUGGUUUACGUCUUUUCUACUGAGAUGGCCAACAAGGCUGCAGAAGCUGUGCUGAAGGGACAGGUGGAAACCAUUGUGUCCUUUCAUAUCCAGAACAUCUCAAACAGCAAGGCGGAACGAAACACUGUACCCUUGAACCCCCAGAUCACUGCACUUCGGACUGAACCCAAGCCCCUGCCACAGCCGCAGCCCCCUGCCGCCCCGGACCAGAACCCUCCCCAGAAUGCCAAAAUGCAGCCGACUCCACCUGUGUCAGCGCCGGUAUCCAAAUCCACUGGCCCCCCGUGUCCCAUAGAUCAGGACAGUCCCAGCGUGGAAAGCAAAGUGAUGUCUGUGGGCAGCCCUGCCAACUCUACCCCAUUGCAGACAGAAGGAUUUGGGCAGAGUUCGACUCCCAAUAAUCGAGCAGUUAGUCCAGUUUCCCAAGGUAGCAAUAGCUCCGCUGCAGACCCCAAAGGUCCUCCCCAGCAGGUGUCUGGUGGGGACCCAUCUAGUUUGGGUGAGAAUCCAGAUGGACUGUCACAGGAGCAGCUGGAGCAUCGAGAGCGCUCGUUGCAGACCCUGAGAGACAUACAGCGCAUGCUCUUCCCUGAUGAGAAGGAGUUUGCGGGAGGGCAAAGUGGGGGGCCACCCCCAAAUGCUGGGGUGCUGGAUGGUCCCCAAAAGAAACCCGAAGGGCCGAUUCAGGCCAUGAUGGCUCAAUCCCAAAGUUUAGGCAAAGGGUCAGGGUCUCGGACAGAUGGAGGGGCUCCAUUUGGCCCUCAAGGACACAGGGACAUGCCUUUUUCCCCAGAUGAAAUGGGGCCACCACCAAUGAACUCCCAGUCAGGACCCAUAGGCCCAGACCACCUGGACCACAUGACUCCUGAGCAGGUGGCCUGGCUCAAGCUGCAGCAGGAGUUUUAUGAGGAGAAGAGAAGAAAGCAAGAGCAAGUGGUUGUGCAGCAGUGUUCCUUGCAGGACAUGAUGGUCCAUCAGCAUGGGCCUCGUGGGGUGGUCCGAGGCCCUCCCCCUCCCUACCAGAUGACCCCUGGGGAGGGCUGGGGACCUGGGGGUCCGGAGCCCUUCCCUGAAGGCAUGAACAUGUCACACUCUCUGCCCCCCAGGGGCAUGGCCCCUCAUCCCAACGUGCCCGGGAGCCAGAUGCGCCUGCCUGGUUUUGCAGGAAUGAUGAACCCUGACAUGGAGGGCCCCAAUGUCCCGAAUCCAGCCUCCCGGCCUGGGCUUUCGGGAGUUAGUUGGCCAGAUGAUGUGCCAAAAAUCCCAGAUGGCCGAAACUUCCCUCCUGGCCAGGGUGUCUUCAGCGGCCCUGGCCGAGGGGAGCGUUUCCCCAAUCCGCAGGGCCUGCCCGAAGAACUCUAUCAGCAACAGCUGGCUGAGAAACAGAUGGGCCUCCCUCCUGGCCUGAACAUGGAAGGCAUCAGGCCCGGAAUGGACAUAAACAGAAUGAUGCCCUCCCAGAGACACAUGGAGUCUGGGAACAACCCCAUCUUCCCUCGCAUGCCGGUGGAAGGGCCGAUGAGCCCCUCCAGGGGGGACUUCCCGAAAGGAAUACCCCCACAAAUGGCCUCUAGCAGGGAGCUGGAGUUUGGGAUGGGCCCUGGCAGCAUGAAGGGGGACAUGGGCAUGAAUGUCAGCAUGGGCUCCAACCCACCCCUGGUCCCUCAGAAGCUGAGGGAGGCAGGAGUCGGGCCAGAAGAGAUGAUGAAACUGCGCCCCGGUGUCUCAGAGAUGCUCUCCUCUCAGCAGAAAAUGGUGCCGCUGCCGUUUGGGGAGCACCCGCAGCAGGAGUAUGGCAUGGGUCCCAGGCCUUUCCUUCCCAUGUCUCAGGGCCCAGGAGUCGGUCUCCGAAAUCUCAGAGAACAGAUCGGGCCUGACCAAAGGACUAACAACCGGCUCAGCCACAUGCCGCCACUACCUCUCAAUCCCACCAGUAACCCUAAUAGCCUCAACACUGCUCCCCCUGCGCAGCGCAGCCUCGGCCGCAAGCCCUUGGAUAUCUCCGCAGCCGGUCAGGUGCAUUCGCCAGGGAUCAACCCCCUGAAGUCCCCCACGAUGCGCCAGGUCCAGUCUCCCAUGAUGGGGUCUCCCUCGGGGAACCUCAAGUCCCCUCAGACGCCCUCCCAGCUGGCAGGAAUGCUUGCGGGCCCCACUGCCGCAGCUGCUGCUGCCUCCAUUAAGUCCCCCCCUGUCUUGGGGUCUGCUGCUGCUUCUCCUGUCCACCUCAAGUCUCCGUCUCUCCCUGCACCUUCUCCCGGAUGGACUUCAUCUCCAAAGCCUCCUUUGCAGAGCCCUGGGAUUCCCCCGAACCACAAGGCAUCUCUCACCAUGUCUUCCCCAGCCAUGCUGGGGAAUGUGGAGUCGGGUGGUCCGCCUCCUUCCACAGUCAGCCAGUCUGCUCCUGUGACUCUCCCUGGAAAUCUUCCCUCUAGCAGUCCUUAUACAAUGCCUCCAGAGCCAACCCUCUCCCAGAAUCCCCUCUCCAUUAUGAUGUCCAGGAUGUCCAAAUUUGCCAUGCCCAGCUCUACACCGCUCUAUCACGAUGCCAUCAAAACUGUGGCCAGCUCGGAUGAUGACUCCCCUCCAGCACGUUCCCCAAACUUGCCACCUAUGAACAGCGUACCAGGAAUGGGCAUUAAUUCUCAGAAUCCUCGAAUUUCAGGUCCAAACCCAGUGGGUCCAAUGCCAACCCUUAGCCCAAUGGGAAUGACCCAGCCUCUUUCCCAUAACAACCAGAUGCCCUCUCCAAAUGCUAUGGGACCCAAUAUACCUCCUCAUGGGGUCCCUGUGGGACCUGGCCUGAUGUCACACAAUCCGAUGAUGGGGCACGGUUCCCAGGAGUCUCCAAUGGUACCUCAAGGACGCCUGGGCUUCCCACAGGGGUUCCCUCCUGUACAGUCCCCUCCACAGCAGGUGCCAUUUCCACACAACGGGCCCAGCGGUGGACAAGGCAACUUCCCAGCGGGAAUGGGCUUCCAUGGAGAAGGACCUCUAGGGCGUCCUACCAACCUGCCCCAAAGCUCGACAGAUCCAGCACUUUGCAAGACUGGAGGCCCUGGGGGUCCGGACUCCUUCACUGUUCUUGGAAACAAUAUGCCUUCGGUUUUCACCGAUCCAGAGCUGCAGGAGGUCAUUCGUCCUGGAGCCACGGGAAUACCCGAGUUUGACCUGUCCAGGAUUAUCCCGUCAGAGAAGCCUAGCCAGACACUACAGUAUUUCCCUCGUGGGGAGGUGCCAGGCCGCAAGCAGCCACAGGGUCCUGGGCCUGGGUUCUCCCACAUGCAGGGGAUGAUAGGAGAGCAGACCCCAAGGAUGGGACUAACGUUGCCUGGCAUGGGGGGCCCCGGGCCAGUGGGAACUCCAGAUAUCCCUCUUGGGACAGCUCCAUCCAUGCCAGGUCAUAACCCGAUGAGACCGCCUGCCUUCCUGCAGCAAGGCAUGAUGGGGCCACACCACCGCAUGAUGUCACCAGCACAAACGGCGAUGCCUGGGCAGCCCGCGCUAAUGAGUAACCCCGUGGCCGCUGUGGGCAUGAUCCCAGGCAAGGACCGAGCCCCCGCGGGGCUGUACAGCCACCCGGGCCCUGUAGGGUCACCUGGUAUGAUGAUGUCAAUGCAGGGCAUGAUGGGACCCCAACAAAACAUCAUGAUUCCCCCCCAGAUGAGGCCCCGAGGUAUGGCUGCUGACGUUGGCAUGGGAGGAUUUAGCCAAGGCCCUGGAAACCCAGGGAACAUGAUGUUUUAAGCUGCUACCAUAAGACUGGAUGUUCUGAUCCUUGUCAAGAUGAGAUUCCAAGUCCUGAGGGCUUUUUUGGGAGCUUCAGGAGUACAGUUUGGCCAUGCAAUAGGUGAAAAGAGACCAGAGGACUCUUUGGGAAAUCUCGAAUGUAUGGAAUUACCUGAAAAAAAAUUAUUCAUUUUAACAGGUUGUUUUUUUUUUAAGAUUUAUUUUUUAAAAAUUAUUUUUGUGGACUUGGGUAUCCCGUGACGGCACCUGCUUUGAGAAUCUGUAGCUGUAUUUUGAGAAUUGCCAUUUGUCACAAGUUGCACCAUUCUCUGUAUGUUUACGUCCUUCGGACUGGCUUCUCCCAGGACUCUCGGUUAUCUUUGGGGUUUUUUGUGUACUGUACUAUAUUGUAAAAGGGAUUUUAGCAGAGACUUUAGUCUUUGGGGUGAGAGGAGAAUGGGAUUCUAGGCUGUUUACUUUAGGUGGAGAAUCCAUCUUCAGAACUUCGGACUAUUUUCCUUCAACUCCAAUGUAUAGAAAAACCAAACUACGACCUCAGAGCAGAGUAUUAAUGAAAAGCACAAAAAGGAACUUAAGUUCAGUGAGGGGAAUCUUUUAAAAGAAAUAAAUAAUAAGUUAAGGACAUAUUUUUCAAAUUAUGGCGUGCUGUCCAGCACCUUCUGUCUCUCCCUCCCACUCUUUAUUAAAUAGGCUUCUCUCUCUCUCCGUCCCCCGUCUGUCUCCUCCUAUGGCAGCUGCAAUACAUUGUGUUAUUUUGGGGAGUAAAUCUAGGAGAGCCUCUCCUCACGUGGGGACUCUUCCCACUUUUAGGAAGGGGCUGGACUUGGACACUGUUACAUCCUACAGUAGUCUCUCUCACUGUUUCCUAUUCUCCUUUUCUUAGAAACCCCAAGUGAUUUUAUUAAUGUGGGAGUGGAACAGACACUAAAAGUUAUCCAGGAUUUUUUUUGUGGUUAUUUUUUUUUCCUCCCCAGCGUAAAACGUUCUGUGUAACCUACAUUAAAUUUGGUACAAAACCACUCGCCAGGGCUGUGGUGUCAGAAAAAUAAAAUAUAUUGUUUCUUACAAAA